CGACGGCCGCCAACAAUGCCGGACCGUCUCGAGCAUGCUUGCUUAUCCUGGCACCGCCCUGCCCAAGUUGAAAAGAUGCCUCGCAGAACUCCUCCGCACUUGCGUGCACCCACCAUCGCUGCUCCUCCGAGUCGAACACGUAUUUGGGAAAGCGCAUGCGGGUAGCCAUAGAAACGCAGUCGAUCGUGACGACGAACAAGAAUACGACCCAGACAAGAUUCCCAUUGCCGGCGAUGACGACCACGACCACGAAACUGCGCAAGGGUCAGAUAAUACGUGGUGCUUUCGUUUCGCGGUCUCGGAUGGCCAUCUCCAGAUCCAAGCCGUAUUAGCGCCGGCACUCCUCUGUCGGGCAAAUCAGCUCGGGGACCUACAACGAGGGGACGUCAUUGAAGUGCUCAGGUUCCAGGUGAGGAGCGCGCCUCGAUUGAGUGGCAAAGGUCGAGUGAUCUAUUUGGGAAUACAAGAUUGCGCGUGGGUUGGUCGGGACAGAGAGACCGUGGAAACAUCAGAGGAAAAGGACGGACUUGAACUUGAGGGCGGCUUCCUCCGCGAAGAGCAGGACGAAAUGUUUCACAGGAAGCAACAUGCUUCGAGGGACGACUUGACCGCGGCUUCAGGCAGAGGCGGGUCUAAGAGAAGAGACGCUAGUGACCGCGACAACAGAGCGCAGGCUUCCAAAAAGACGCAGAGCAACCCCAAGUCGUCCAAACCCGCACACAAGGUAUCCCAGGACGCAUCAGAGGAUGAUACAGAUGACGACCAAGGGUUCGAUACGAUCUUUGUGUCUCAGUCCCGGCUUGAUCAGCGCAGGGACGCACUUCGCCAGAUCCAGCAACAGGUAUCCAUGGAGGAGAAUACUGGGGGCCAACUGCAGCCACGAGGAGAAUGCAACCAAGAAGCGGCACAAGGUCACUUUGCAACCACACCAUUUCUGCUUACGUCAAACCGCUCUCCUCGAGAGAACGGCAACGAUGACGGGAUAGAUUCUAUUCCUGAAGCUCUUGCGGCCCAUAACCACAGUCCCAUUGCCCUGCCUCAUCAUCGGCCAACUGACCAUACAGGCUCAACUACUGAUCUCGCUCCGCCUGUUCAAGAUGAGGGCCCCAGUACCCGCCCUCCCAACACCAUGUCUGCAGCCCCAAUCGAUAGCCUCGCUUCGCUCCUCGCCCUCCCCGUCCAGAAAGGUUACUCCUGCACCAUCCUCGCCCUGAUAUCCUGGGUAUCUCCCUCGCUGAUCCACAGGCCAAACACACCCUUCCCUCCGAAACGACACAUCAAGAUCCACGAUCCGUCCAUCUCGCACCGCACGUCCGGCAUCACGGUGGCGGUCUUCGUGGACGCGCAAAGAUUCCUCCCGGCUGUGGGCACCGUAGCGCUGUUCAGGGGAUUGGUCAUGCAUCGACUUCGGAGAGGCGCUGCUGAAGGGGAAAGCGACGUGAUUCUGAACAAAUACCCUGCCAAGACGGGGAGCCAAAAAGCGGAGGACGAGGGCGCCGAAUUAGCCGGAGCCCGCGACGGGGAAGGCGAAGUCGACGGGCAGGGGCAAGGCGAGUGGUUCAUUUGUGACGAGGCCAGACUGGUCGGGAUGGGCUUUGACGUGCAGCGGAUCAAGGUGUGGUGGGAGCAGAGGCUUGCCGCCAGGAACGCCAAAUGAAAAUCCCUCAACAGCAGAGGGAGAAGCAUACGUGGCGGCCUCGAUAGGAGCCAAGAGACCAUGACCAAGUCGGAACGAAGCAGUUCUGUAUUGUGAACUCUAUUCGAGAAAAAGCUGAAGAAACACGCCCGAGCGCGAACUUCUCUAUCAUUGAUUGCUUGAUAGGGGAAUCCAAAAGAGAAAGUGUGAAGAUAACAAUCGCUUCGUCGCUCGUCGCAACUUCAUGUCACGGAUUCAGACCAUGGAAUCCCGCC